GAGACGUUCACCUUGACAGACUGGCUCCUCCCCCUCCCUCUCUCUCUGUUGCUCCGUCUCUCGGGGCUCAGUGUGUGUGUGAGUGGACACACUCCCGUUCCUCUUGUUUCCUAACGUGGACUCGGAUUCUCUGCCCUGUGACGUCAUCAGCACAUGAAGCAGCGUGAAGAUGAGGAUGCCCCGCCCUCCACAGUCCAGAAAGCAGCUGAUUGGAUGAAGCAGAGUCACAAGGAUUCACUCAUCAACUGACGUGAUGUUUGUUUUGUUUUUGGAGCAAAUUCUGUUUUCAUGAAGUGAUGAGGAUUUAUUUUCCAUCACACAAGAAGGAAGCCUCUUCAGUGGAUUAUAUCUGCUGAAGCUUCAGGUCUGUGGAUUAUAUUUGCUGAAGAUUCAGAUUUGUGGAUUAUAUCUUCUGAAGCUUCAGUAGGUUGGAGGAACAGAUUAUAAUCCCAUCAGUGCCAUGGUGAUGUCACAGGGCGCAUCCACCUUCCUGUUGUGUUUCUCUGGUUUCUGGUUGGGUUGGGCCAUCGUCGUCAUGCUCUGCUGUUUCUGCAGUUUCCUGCAGCGUCGCCUCAAACGUCGUCUCAACGACCGUCUGCGAUCUGUGGACACGGAGCCGCUCAGCUGUUCACCGCCACCACUCCUGGCUCCUCCUCCUCCUCUGCAGCCGCCACUACAGCUCCGCCCCCCUCCUCCUCACACCGUCUCGCCGCCUCUUCCUCUGCAGCUUCCUCAUCCGCUGCCACAGGCGACCUGGGUCAGCCUGCCAGACGCUGAUGUCAUCGGGAAGCCACCCUGCUACGAGGAGGCGGUCCUUAUGGAGGAUCCUCCUCCACCCUACAGUGAGGUCUUGGCCGACCCUCUGGGCGGGACCUAUCAGAAGCCUGUCCCGUUCCAAGCAGCCCCGCCUCCUCUGAGGGAAAACCAGAAUCGUACGUUCGCGUCUAAGACGGGGAAGUCUCCGCCCACGGCCGCGCUUUUCCCCGACCACGGUUACUCGUCGCUGAUUCGCCUGCCGUCGUCCCGGCCCUGGGACUCUCUGGGUUGUCUCCUGUCCAACAUGGACCUGAACCACAACAACCUCAUGAUGCCAACCGCUGCCGCCUUGGCAACCAUGCCACGCCGCGAGCUCAGGGCUCAACAUGGUGGAUAUGGACUCAGAGGUGGAACACAAGGAGGGAUACAGGGUUUCCCCGGCAGGUUUCAGGGGCUGCAGGUGUGUGGUUUGCUGGGCCGCAGCACGGCUGUCUAGAUUCUGACCAUGGAUGUAUUAUAAGAACUGGAUAGAGCUCCGUCCCCUCUGCCUUAAAAAAAUACAAACAUUUCCCAGAGUGACGUCAUGUAACAUCACGGCUGUGCACGAGCACAGCAGAGCGCGGUCACGUGACGUCACGGCUGUGCACGAGCACAGCAGAGCGCUGUCACGUGACAUCUCAGGAACGCUGUCAGUGAAGCGUACGAUGUGAAAACUUGAGAAAUGUGAAUAACUGCUGCACACGCUCAUCAUCUACACAACCCGCAAAUAAACGCCCAAGUCAGAAACUUUAUUGGCAUAUGUGCUGAGUGAGCCAGAGGGGCGGAGCUACAUCCAUGCUUCUGACUGUCAGUCACUGAUGGACUUCCUGAGCUGCUGUGUGUCCUUCUCUCCUCCACCUUCACCUAUACACUGUGCUGUUGCCAUGGCUCCCGGGAACUGAACGUCCUGUUGCCCACGACGACCUCUGGUCUUUUAUCUGUGAUGUUUGAACGCUUUGUUCGCUGCUCGUCUUCUUGCCACAGACGUGAGAGACAAAGUCACGUCUUUAAGGGUAGACCAGGACCAGGACGAGUUUGUCCUGGAGUUUGUUCACAGUUGUUAACCACACUGUUAACCACACUGUUAACUACUGUUAACCACUGUUAACUACUGCAGUUACCAUUUUUUGUUUAUUCUGUUCAGAAAAAAAAACAUCUUUAUGGAUAUGUUUGAUUCAUUCAUUCAUUCAUUCAUUCAUUCAUUCAGUCAGUCAUUCAUGCUCACAUGUAGUGUGUAAACUUUACCUGAAGGAAACAAACAGGGAUUUUCCUUUGUAGAAAAGUCUGAAUCACAUGAAAUAAAUGUAUCACUUUAAUCAGAGUAGCCUGUUUCUGUAGGAACGUGUGAAUCCUCAUCACUCACUCAUGGACAGAUAUGAACGUGUGAAUCCUCAUCACUCUCUCAGGGACAGAUAUGCACGUGUAAAUCCUGGUCACUCAUGGACAGACAUGAACGUGUGAAUCCUGAUCACUCAUGGACAGAUAUGAACGUGUGACUCCUGGUCACUCAUGGACAGAUAUGAACGUGUGACUCCUGGUCACUCACGGACAGUUAUGAACGUGUGAAUCCUGGUCACUCAUGGACAGAUAUGAACGUGUGACUCCUGGUCACUCAUGUACAGUUAUGAACGUGUGACUCCUGGUCACUCAAGCACAGAUAUGAACGUGUGAAUCCUGGUCACUCAAGCACAGAUAUGAACGUGUGAAUCCUGGUCACUCAUAGACAGAGAUGAACGUGUGACUCCUGGUCACUCAAGCACAGAUAUGAACGUGUGAAUCCUGGUCACUCAUGGACAGAUAUGAACGUGUAAAUCGUGGUCACUCAUGGACAGUUAUGAACGUGUGAAUCCUGGUCACUCAUGGACAGAUAUGAACGUGUGAAUCCUGGUCACUCAUGUACAGUUAUGAAUGUGUGACUCCUGGUCACUCAAGCACAGAUAUGAACGUGUGAAUCCUGGUCACUCAUGGACAGAUAUGAAUGUGUAAAUCGUGGUCACUCAAGCACAGAUAUGAACGUGUGACUCCUGGUCACUCAUGGACAGAUAUGAACAUGUGAAUCUUGGUUACUCAUGGACAGAUAUGAACGUGUUAAUCUCUGAAGCUCACUGGCAUGGCAUCUGUUGCCUAGCAACAACCACUCAGCCUUGUUUACAUGUGUUACAGAGAGAACAUUAGCCCACCCUUCCAACACUCUGUCACAUCACCACGGCAACCCACUGCACAGUGGUUGCCCCCC